GCGGAUAUAAGGGACGGGGAGAUGGAGCAGGGGAGGACAAGCGCCGGCUCGCUCUCCAGAUCGGUUGCCCUGCAGCAGGAGCGCCUCGUCCUUGGUUCCGCGUCUCCAGCCCGGGCUUGGCUCCACUGCAGGCAAAGGCAAUGAACUCGUCUGCCCGCCUCCGGAGCUGCCCAGCGCUGGGCUCGCCGCUGCUGCUGCUGCUGCUGCUGGGGCAGGUUCUGGGCGCUCCCCCGGCGCCAGCAGCCCCAAACCAAGAGGUCUGCCUGCUGCCCCCAGAGGAAGGCCCCUGCCGGGCUCUCAUCCCGAGGUGGUACUACGACAGGUACACUCAGACGUGCCAGGAGUUCACUUACGGGGGCUGCGAGGGCAAUGCCAACAACUUCCGAAGCUUGGAAAGCUGUGAGAAGAGCUGCUGGAUGAUCCGGAAAGUGCCCAAAAUAUGCAGGCUGGAGGCUGAUCCAGGACCAUGUAGAGGUUACCUAAAAAGAUAUUUCUUCAACCUGAGUUCAAUAAAGUGUGAACAAUUUAUCUAUGGUGGAUGCUAUGGAAAUGAUAACAACUUUCAAGAUGAAGAUUCUUGUGUGGACUACUGUUUACCUGAGAAAACUGGUCCCUCAUUAUGCUAUAGCCCAAAAGAUGAAGGAUUAUGUUCAUCUUCUGUGACUCGCUAUUACUACAACUCAAAGAGUCAAUCAUGUGAAGAGUUCAGCUAUACGGGUUGCGGUGGAAAUGCCAAUAACUUUGUUAACAAAAAAGAUUGUUAUAGUAUCUGCAAGAAAGCUGGGAGUAAGAAACCAAGUUUCAAGAAGUCAAGAAAUAAACUUCCCAAGACUAUGAGAAAACUACAGGAAAAAAUCUAAUCAAUCUAACCUAAUGUUUUAAAUCUGAAGAGCCCAUCAGUGUUAAAUGCACUACUUUGACUUAGAGAGCCUCCUACAAUAUACUUUGUGUGUGUGUGUGUGUACAAUUUUAUUCCUUAAACUAGUUCUGUCUAAGAACUAGUCUCUUUGACCUGUUUUUACAUUAGAAGCAGCUAUUAUUAGUAAUGUGAAUUGAUUUGUUUGGUUCUCUGCAACACUAUUUUUGCUUAAAAACCAACUAUUUGAAUUUCCAUGUUUUUACUGAGAAAUAUUGCUACUGUUUUUGGAAAAUGAUGUAACUGUCUCAAUCCUGUGAAGCUUGAAGUACCCUUCAUCUGUUGGUUUAACUAAGGUGUACACCAAGCUAGAGCCCUACCCUUAAUUUUUUUAGCAUUAUUUGUUUACUAAAGACUGUAUACAAAUAUCUAUAAUACUUCUCUUGCAUAUACUUUUGUCAUUAUCAUAUAAACAGUCUAUCCCUUAAAGGGAGUCAUGUUUAAGUAGAAGAAUCAGAAUAGUGGUAAUUAUAUUAAUGUGGCAAAGGAGAUUAGAGCCUGGUUCAAUUUAAAAAAAAAAAUUCAACUUCAAUGAAAGGAAGCCUUGUGUUUUUGUUUGUUUUGUUUUUUGUUUUGUGUUUUGUUUUGUUUUUUCCCCAAGUCUUUCCUAGCUUUGGUAAUAUGGAAAAUAAUGUAAGAUCAAACCUGGCUCACCCUGCAAAAGGAAAUUGGGCAUGGGGUCUCUUGGACAACUUCUUGUUUUAACAGAAGGCAAUUAAGAAACUACAUAAGUAUUUGAAAUGAAGAUGUAGUAACUGCAUUCCACCUCCCACCCUAAUACCUGAUAUUGCCACAAAACUCAGGGUCAGAUCCUAAACUGGAAUAUUUCUGUUGACUUCAAUGGAGCUAAAUCAGUUUAUUCCAGAUGAUCUGGUCCUUCAUAUUUACAAGGGAGACUAUUAGAGCAUAGAAAAAUGGGAGCUUCAGUAACCUCUCCCAUUUUCCCUGUUUUGUGUCACUACUGUAAAACUCAGGUUAGGGUGCUGACAGACAUGCUAUUAUGCAUUCUUUUGUGUAUUGUUUUACAAGAUCCAUGUACGAAUUAUGAUUUUUUUCAGUUAUAAUUGAUUUUUAUUGGAAACUCGUUAAUAAAAUGUUUUUUU